UCACCCAUAAAAGUCACUCGAAUUUAAGUAUUCUAUCCUUUAUUGAUCGCAAUCAUGCAAAAAAAUGUCUCUCACUCGGGGAGGGGGGAAGGGACAACGGUUCGAGUUCCUUGCAGUUAGCUGGUGUUAAAAUGAGAAGCUAAAAGAUGAAAUAAACUUUAACGUAUGGAAUAAAAAGCUCCCUGCCUAUGAAUGCAUUGAUUGAUUGUCAAAACCCUAUUCAUUAGCGCAGAAAAUGUCAGACCGUCCUUCGAAGGAAUACAUACCAAAUGCGUAUUGAUCGACCAUGUGGAAAUCAUCACCUUGCUUUCCGGCGUUCACAAUAUUCACCAUGGCAAAAGCUCAUCCCCCGAUCGUCCUAUUGACGCUUUCUCUCAUGUCAAUGAUUGUUUUGGCACUACCAUCUAAAAGAGGCUUUCAUCAAGUCAGACCUGUUCCACCAAUAAAGGUAGACAACGGUCCAAGUACCGAUCCCGGCCAACUUUCCUCUCAUCGUAUCCCAACGCAAUGCCUCUUCGUUUGUUCGACCGAUUCAAGAUGUCAACAAAUGAAUUUCCUACAGCCGCCAAGCGGUGAUUGUGCUUGUGCUUGUCAAGUUUGUGAUGGGAAAUGGUAUGGUUCGGUAAAUGAUUAUACAAAAGCAACUCCUCUUACGCCUGCUCAAAUGGCAAGAUGUCCUAACUUUAUCUUUGGAAGUUCAUAGUUAGCAUCCCUCUCAACUUCGUCUUUUCUCCUAAUGUCACCGCUUUACGAUAGUCACCGGAAUACCCAAGAAAUCUACAAAAUGUUACUC